CAUAAUUCUCAAAUCGGCGAGGAAAGCACGAAAAAAGGCCGUUUAGCAGAGUUUAUAAUGUCGGCGUCGGAGCAGGGACCUAAGAUCAAGUACGGGGAAAGCGCUCCGAAGCCGGACAAGGCGCAGCUGCAGUUCAUGAAGCUGAUCGAGGAGCAGAACCUGGACCGCGUGCAAAAACUGAAGCGCAUCCGCCGCAACAAUCUACUGACCGCCGGCGCUUUGGGUGUCUCUGUUUUGGCCAUUUACGGAUACUCCAUCUUUUCGGUGCAGCAGGAGAAGUUCCUGGACGACUUCGAGGAGCCCAAGAAGGUGUCUUCCUAGCUAAUUUCAGCGUUAGUUAUCCCUAGUUCGUAAGCGUUUUCUUCAUUUUACAACAGUUUUACACUUUUUGAAGUCGUUGCACAACAGGCUUACAGAUGGCCCAACCCAGUGCCCGUGUGCUCCAGAGCGGCAUGCGCCUGCCACCAAUGCCCACAAUUCGGGAGCUGGUGAAGCUCUACAGACUACAGGCCAGGAAACAGCUCAGCCAGAACUUCCUCAUGGACGAGCGGCUCACGGACAAGAUAGUUAAGUCGGCGGGGCGCAUCGAUCCCAAAGAUUUAGUUCUGGAAGUGGGACCCGGGCCUGGCGGUAUCACGCGCUCUAUUCUUCGUCGUCACCCACAGCGAUUGUUGCUUGUUGAGAAGGAUCCGCGCUUCGGCGAAACACUGCAGUUGCUCAAGGAGUGCGCCAGUCCGCUAAACAUACAGUUCGACAUCCACUAUGAUGACAUCCUGCGGUU